UAUACAAAAAAUACACAACGAAAUUCAAACACGGAAAUGACAUCAUAAGCGAAAUCAAAAGUUGUCAGCAGUACGGGAUCGCUAAGGAUUACAAAUGCUGUGGGCAAUAAAAUGAUUAGUUUUAUACUUAGUGCUACUUAUCUGUUCAUAGAGCAGCAUGUUUUAAAGGAGGCAAUGUGGAAGAAUGAUUCGUUCAUGCAGUUUGAUAGGCUACCUUUACUGUCAACUGCUGGGUAGCUUUAGCUUCUUCAUUCAAGCAAAGUUGUCAUUACCAUAUAUAGAUAGGCUGUAAACUCCCAUGGAAAAAUGUAAACGGUGAGUCAUUUGUACGCUGGUACAGAGCAUCAAGUCUUCACCAAAUUAGCGAAUUAGAUCAACAUGACAUCGGACCAGAGUGUGGUCAUUGUCAUGGAUGACAAAAUCUACGAGGUAAACAAGAAACAGCUAAUUGAAAAGAGUGACUAUUUCAGAGCUUUGUACAGCUCCGGUAUGAGAGAGUCCAAGGAGAACUCGGUCCAGUUGCAGGGGCUGAGUGUCAGUGGACUGGAGAUGGUGAUGGAGUUUAUAAACACCUCCAAAGUGCAGAUUGUUAACGAGACUCUGGAAGACUUGAUUGAAACGGCCACAUUUCUGCAGGUUAUCCCGAUCCUGAAACAGCUAACAUCUGAGCUCCGGCUGGAGAACUGUGUGAAGUUGUACAGUCUCUCAGAGGUGUACGGGGCUCAUGAUUUGCGCAUUGGAUGUCUCAAGUACAUGACCUGUUAUUAUCACCCCAUGCUCAGGCGACCUGAGUUUAGCUGUCUGCCUGUGGACGUCAGAGAGCAGGUCAAGGAGAUGCGCAUGAAAGGCACAGCUACUUUGGUGGUCAUUGGAUACUUCACCUGUUUGUCUAUAGAAGUGCCCAUUCAGGAGGAGCCCUGGUCUAUGCUGAGGUAUGAAGAAGUGGAGCAGAAAUGGAAGCCACUGUCAAACAACCUGCCAUCAGAUAUGAUCAAUGUCCGAGGGUACGGCUCUGCUGUCCUGGACAACUACCUGUUCAUUGCAGGGGGAUACAGGAGCCAAGAGAUCUCUGUGGUGCAUUGCUACAAUCCCUUUAGGAAUGAGUGGAACCAGGUUGCUCCACUGAAUCAAAAGAGGUCAAAUUUCAAGCUUUUAGCAGUUCAAGGAAAACUUUAUGCUGUUGGUGGUCAGUGCCUAAGCACAGUAGAGUGUUACAGCCCUGAACAGGACUGGUGGACGUUUGUAUCUUCAAUGCCUAACCCACUGGCUGAGUUUUCUGCCUGUGAAUGCCAGGGCAUGAUAUAUGUUAUGGGUGGAUAUACCUCCAAAGAUAGAAACACUAAUGUCUUGCAGUACUGCCCCAGCUCUGACAAAUGGACAGUGUUUCGUUCUUGUUCUGCACAUAUUCGUAAGCAGCAGAUGCUAUCAGUGGAGGACACCAUUUACCUGGUGGGUGGUUACACUCAUGAGAUGGUACCAAGGCGGAGACGGCCCAGUGAGACAGAGGAUGUGCUGACAGUGCAGUCCUACAAUGUCACCACGGGAGAAUGGCUCCAGCUGAAGGAGAACACAUCUAAAUCUGGUUUGAACCUGUCAUGCACACUAGACGGUAUCUACAUCAUAAGUCGUGACGUCAGCCUGCCCACAACUUUAGAGUACCGCGUCUUUCUAAAGUACAAUAUCUUCUCUGAUGCCUGGGAGGCUUUCAGAAAGUUUCCAGCUUUAGGACAGAACAUGUUGCUCUGCUCUCUCUAUCUGCCCAAUGAAUUGUGAUUUUCAGAUAAGAUUCAAUCUAUGCAACUUUUAUUCUGUUAUUUGCAAUGUAUAAAAAUAUUGAUCACAAAAUCCAGAAAUCUUAUCCUGGCUCAUCCUGUCCUCUACCUUCUUCUCUGCACAUUGUUCUCACUUGCAAAGUAGCACACUAAGUGAACAGCCUAAUUAACUACACAUAUUUGCAUCUAUAUGGGCCAUGAUUUACCUUAUUUUGUUGUCUUUUUUUGUCUUUAGAGUAAAUUGAGUGUUACAUGAGCAUGUAUUUAGCCGAUAAUAUAUUUGGCUUUGGAUUUGCAAUGCUUAAUCAUAGGAAAAAAAUCUUUUCACUUCAUGAAAAGAAUCCAGAGGGAACCUGGGAACAUUUAUGUCCCCAUUUCUCCUUUCUCUGAGCAGCACUUUUAUGCAUAUGUGCCUUUUUCCUUUUUCACUAGAAUAAAAUGCAUGAAAAAACAUUUUCAGCUAAAAAUCA